AUGACGGGAUCUGCAAAUUUCGAAUCAUGCGUGGAGUUAACGAAACAAGCCCACAAUUACGAAGAUUUGGCCCUAAUUGGAAACGGAGCGUACGGAACCGUUUACAAAGCGAAAAACAAAACAAACGGUCACAUAGUUGCGAUGAAAAAAAUUCGAGUUCACUUAUGCGAAGAUGGUGGACUUCCGCCUUCUACACUACGAGAAAUAGCCAUGUUGAAGCAAGUUGACCAAUACGAACAUCCAAAUAUAGUCAGAUUAUUAGAUGUUUGUUACGGGCCAAGACUGGAAGAGUAUUUAGUUUUGUUCAUUGUUUUCGAACACAUGGAACAAGAUUUAUCACAAUUUAUAAGUAAUUGUCCGGCGCCAGGGAUCGGUGUUAAUAGAAUUAAGGAUUUAACGUUUCAACUUUUAUCGGGAGUCGAUUUUCUUCACACGCAUAGGAUAAUACAUAGAGAUUUAAAACCACAAAAUAUAUUGGUGAGCUGCGACGGACAGUACCUUAAAUUGGCCGAUUUCGGUUUGGCUAAAGUUUACGAAUUCGAAUCGAGUUUGACAAGCGUUGUUGCCACUUUGUGGUAUAGACCGCCGGAAGUACUUCUAAGAGACACAUAUGCCACGCCUUUGGAUGUUUGGUCGUGCGGUUGCAUAAUGGCCGAACUAUACAGGAGAACGCCAUUGUUUCCCGGAGUUACUGAGGGUGAUCAAUUAGGAAAAAUAUUCGACAUUAUCGGAACGCCGAGCGAAAGCGAAUGGCCACAAAAUACGUCUCUGUUAAGAUCGUCUUUUCCGCACAGUCCCGGAAUCGAUUUGGAAGCCGUGGUACCAGAAAUAUGCGGGCACGGCAAGGAUUUGCUUCAACGGAUGCUGAGGUUCGAACAGCACAAACGUAUAACGGCUUGCGAAGCGUUAAAUCAUCCGUACUUUAAAGAUUUCGGUUACGUACCAUUAGAAAUAGGAACUAGUCUCAACCAAAGCACAUCGUCGGCGAGCAACGCAUCGACACCCGUUUCAGUUAACAGUUGUAAAUGUUGCAGCUGCGACGAUUCGAGAACAUCAACGGAAAGUCCAGACAAAUAA